CAUAUGGGAUUACUUAAGCCUUGUUCCUAGACGUCAAGCUAAAAAAUUUUCCAUCUUCAUCUUCAUCUUUAUCCUCCAGGUUCACGAGAAAACAAUUGUCAUCGAUCGUCGUAAAUCCUUCAUUGGAGGAUUGUGCUUUGGGCGUUACGACACUAGUGCGCAUCAACUUUCAGACUUCUCCCACGCAUCUGAACACUAUUCCAUAUGGCCUGGACAGGACUAUGUUAAUUCUAGAGUCAAAGAUUUUGUUAAUGUAAAUUCUGCAGUUCAAAGUUGGGCAUCGGCUUUACUCGACAAAAAAACGAAUGCACGCAUGCCAUUUCACGACCACGUUUUCUCUAACUCGGGAAGAAGAACCAUGUUUAAAAAACUUUCC